AUGUCGUCACGUGUCAUAGUCACGUGGUUGGUGUCGUGGGAUGUUAUAGUGCCUUGUGGUGGCCUCAGAGAUGUCAUUGACACAGCGCAACAUAAUCACGUGGUAGAUAUGUACAUCAUCAUCCUGCUGAAAGAGUCACGUGACCAACCGAACAUUUUAUUACAGGAGUCAAUGCGCGUAUAUCCGGCUGUACCACUCUUGGCGAGAAUGAUCGAUGAAGAUAGCAAGAUUGGUGAGCAAACAAUUCCAAAAGGUACUGUGGCCCUGGCUUUUAUCUUUUACAUGCAUCGGCAUCCAAAACACUUUGAAAACCUUGACAUCUUCAUGCCAGAGCGCUUCUUAGAAACAAAAUACUCACAUACCUUCCAGUUUCUGCCUCUCUCUGCUGGACCUAGGAAUUGCAUACGUCAAAAGUUUGCACAGUUCGAAGAAAUUAUUCUUCUCACCCAGGUCAUGAGAAGGUGUAAGGUCGAGUCUAAAAUGCCGAUGGAGAAACUUCAGCUCGCCUUCGAAAUCGUCCUCACUGCACCCGAGGGGCUAGAGCUCAAGUUCACACCAAGAGAACGACCAGCAUGA